ACACACAUCAGUCACACGGGGCCGUGCAGACAGGAGACAGGGAGAGAGGAGUGACAGGAACAGGAAAGUAUGUAGUGAGGACAGAGCGAGGCUUUAGGAAGGGGUCCUGUGAAGACGGCUUACUUUUGACUGAACCUUCAAGGGACGAGGAGGAGGGAUUAUAAAAGAGUUCCAGGUCAAGGAAAACCAAUUAACUGUUUAUUCAGACACGUGUGUGGACAUCAUGGAUGGAGAAGCAGCACACCAAGAGACACCUGAGCCUACAGAGACGACCGACCAGACCGACACCAACAACAACAAUCAGGCAGAUGAAGCACAGCUGCAGAGGAGUAAGGACACACAGAUCGAGCAGUCACACCAAGAGACAGAAGGAAGUCAAAGGGCAGCGGAGGACGCCGCCCAACCACAGACAGCAGAGGACGCCAGUGCUGUUGAUAUGGACCGACCCCAGACUGAAUCGACACCUGCCGAGGGUGACGCUGAAGAAGGAGGACCAGAUAAGGACAAAGUACCCGCUGAUAGUAAGGACCCUGACGUGAUAAAAGAAGAAGAGACAAAACAGAAGGACAUGAUAGAAGACCAAAAAGGAAUAGGGGGGGAGGAGGAGGUCAAGAGUGGGGGAGAUGAAGAAGAGGAGGUAAAGGACAGAAGCAACGGCAAAGACAAAAAUAUUACUGAGAAAGAGUCAAAGGAAAAGGAGAAAUGUGUUGGUGAGGAAACUACAAAAGAGCCUGAGAAGAAAACACCAGAAGGUGAAGUAGAGACAAAAGAAAAGGGGAAAACUAAUGGGCAGGAAAAACCCAAAAGGAAGAGUGGACCACCGCCUUCUUCUUUGUCCAGGCCGAGACCCUCAGCUCGCUCUGUCAGAGCUUCCACUAAAAACAGCAUCAUCGCCAAGUUUGAACAAGGCGCACCAGAGAAACCCAUGCCCCGCAACUUCAGAAUUCAGAAGUCCUCUUCAGCUGCAGCCACAGGAGCGUCUAUCAAACAGAAGAUUCUUCAGUGGUGUCGGAGUAAAACUCGAAAUUAUGAGGGUGUUAAUAUAGAAAACUUCUCUUCCUCUUGGAGUGAUGGCCUGGCCUUCUGCGCUCUGAUUCACCGUUAUUUUCCAAAGGAAUUUGACUUCAGCUCCCUCAGGCCAAAGGAGAGGGAGAAGAACUUCACCCUGGCUUUCCAAACUGCAGAGUCCCUGGCAGACUGCUGCCCUCUGCUGGAGGUGUCUGACAUGAUCAUGAUGGGCAAGAAUCCAGAUCCUAUGUGUGUGUUCACGUACGUCCAGUCUCUCUGCCACAGCCUGUCAAAAAUAGAGAAAGAGAGAAGGGAGAAAGAGGAGAAAGAGAAGGCCGAUAAAGAGGCAGAAGACAAAGGUGAAGAUGCAGCAGGAGAAGCAUUAGCCGAGGCGGUGGAAGGGGAGCCUGCUGAGGGGGAGUUGGAAGAGGGUCGAAAUGAAAAUGAGGGAGAUACUGCUGCGAUGGAGGAAACUGCUGAGAAGGAGCAAGAGGAGGCGGACGCCGAAAAGAGCUGCUUGAUGGAUGAAGGUGGGAGAGAAGAUGUGACGGCAUAGAACAAGACAGAAGACCAAACAACAGGCUAACAGCAGUGGCCCUGCGAAGGCUAAGUCUUAGUUUAGUUUAGUUUAGUUUAGUUUAGUUUAGUUUAGUUUGCCUAAAUCACACCACAGUACAAGCAGUAAAAUAAAUCUAAAUACAUAAAACGACAAAAUGAAGAAAACAUUAUUCGAUUAUUCGACCAUGUCAUAUAAAAAGGUUUGCUUCCUGAAAAGAGAUUGUUGUCUGAAAGCCUUGUUUUUGUGAAAAAUGUUUCAGUGAAUAUAGCUUUUUAACUUUUUGCCUGAAGUGAAAUGUUUUGAAGAUUAACAGAUCUUUAACCUUUGGAACCUUUGAAAUGUAUAUUUCUUUAUGGGAUAAUUUAUUGACAACUCUUAUGGCCCUUGUUAGCAAAAUUAGACUGGCAUAUGUUCUUUAAAAAAUUAAUUAGAGUUGAAGUGAUUUUUUUUAUUAUUAAUGUAUUUGUGUUUGAGUUUGAGUGUUACACGGGAAGA